AAUACUAGACACUGCUCAAGUCAAAAUAAAGUGGAUGUUCAAUUCGAAAUGUUUUAUGUCCUGCAUACUGUAUGAUAUAAACCAUGCGAGAAUUUCCAUAAGUAUUCUGUCAUAUCAGAGAACGAAAGGACAAGGUUACAAUAAUUUCAAGAUUCCAACCAAGAUCCAACCAAGAUAAAAAUUUAAAAUUUCAACUGAUAUGAGUUGUCAUCAAUUUAUUAUAUGAAAUCAUGGACAAAAUAAUAAAAAUCAAUAAUCAAACUGCUGGAAGAGACAAAAUCGCAAGGCUCUUACAGUACAUCAGUCGAUUUUUAUGGCACAGACUUCAACAAAGUAAUAAAGAUGGUGUUGCUGGACUAAAGAAUCUAGAGUUUCAACUCAGCACUUUCAGAAAACUACUUCGAUUUGGAAGAUUCGCUGAGGGAUUGUAUACAGCUCUACCAUUAUUUCAACAAGAGGAUAUACCCACGAGAUACACAAUUAUUUUGAGCAAAAUAGCUAAUUCUCUAUUUUUACUCGCUGACCACUUUUUAUGGCUUGGUAGGGCUGAUAUAUGUGCGGUCGACACAGAAAAGUGGAGCCGUAUCUCAAAUAAAUACUGGUUAUACUCAAUUACAAUGAAUUUAAUGAGGGAUUUUUAUGAAAUUUCCCUAAUUGUGAAAUCUGAAAAAAGUAAUAUUAUACCAAAAAAUGGUUUAAGAAAUUUUGCUGAUAUUAUGAAAGCUCUCUCGAAGCUAUCUCUAGCUGUACAAAUGAAUCAAAAUGUAGUUAUAGAUACUGUCAAGAAUGGCUGUGACUUUUUCAUUCCGUUAACGGCUCUGGGUCAUGUUAAGUUGUCUCCAGGUACUGUUGGUUUCUUGGGCGCUAUUUCUUCCAUCGCAGGCCUACUAGUUCUUCUAGAACCUUCAAAGAAAUUGACACCUUGAAAAAAAUUUCUAUUUUCAAAUGAGUCUGAACCAAAUGAUUUAAUUGAUAAUAUAUGUUGGGGUUAUUUGUUUUAAACAAACUGGCAAAGUAGAUUUGAAUUAUAAUAUAUAUUUAAGGUUUUGAUACAAAUUGAUCCAAACUCAACCAAAUGUUGAACUUAUAAAAAUCAAAUUUUUAUUCACGUUAUGCUUCUUUUGAGGUAUUUGUAUUUUGAGAUUAUUUAUAGUUCCAUUCCGGUACCAAAAAUGUUCCAAAAUAUAAGAGGGUAUUAGACUUGAUUCAUUAUAACAUUAAAAUAUGCCUUUUAUGGUUUUCCACCUUCCGUUUGGUACAAAAAGUGUAAUCUUUCAGAUCAUCAAAUACGGAUGAAAAUAAAGAGUAUCUGAAACAACUACUCGCCCUAUUGAUACUGUAGUUAGAAGUAAUUUUUUUAUCUAUUUGUUUACCAAACCUUCAUAAUGAAAAAUGAAAUGAUACUCAUGGAUAUCUUUGAUACUGUAGUUAGAAGUAAUUUUUUGUAUCUAUUUCUUUACCAAUCCUUCAUAAUGAAAAGUGUAAUGGAUAUCAUUCAUGGGGCAUGUUACCACCUUUUCCUUUAAUGACCCAGUAUUAACAUUUUGAAAUUGAGUAUUCAGAAUGAUGAAAAGCCAUUAUUCUGUUGAUUGGAGACUGUUCUUUCAUUUUGGUUUUGUAAGCUGAGUUCAUGAAAGUUGGACUGUUUCUCAAAGGUUACCAAGGACAAGAAAUAUUUCUACGUUGGUACUCAUUAAAAAUUAAGAGCUUGCUUGCACAAGUUUCAACUAUUGAAGAUUGUUGUUCUUAUGGGAAUGAUAAUAGAUAGAUGAAUCAAAGUUUAAGAAAUCAAGAAACAUCGAGAAAUUACUUUGAAUUAUUUCAAUUCUGUAUUCAUAAAUUUUUGCUAAACAGCAAUAUGGCCAAAAGGGGCUAAGUCUCGCAUAAGCAAUCAACAUAAAUCAUUAUCUUACAUUAUGGUAUUAGGGUGGAAUUAACUUUGUUGUACCUAUACCAUGAACUUCAUAUCAGAAAUUCUAUUUUUCAGACUCAAACCGUUUCUACUAUUAGGAAAAGCACAGUUUUUCGUUUAAAAGUCAUUUGCAAAAAAUAUGGGUCAACUCCUUUUGUCCAAUCAAUAAAAAAAUUUUAUUUUGUGGGCAUUACACAACUUCCGUAUGUCAUGGUCUUGUAAAUAUUGGCAAGGUAUAUUUUGACAGCAUUGGUAAACAAAAACUUUCAUGUGUUCUUAAGGCAUAUGGGUACAGUUGCUUUUGGCUACUAUAGAUUCACUGUUGUUUCAGAUGUACUCUUUCUUCUGUUUGUAUUUGGACGAAAAUCUGUGGAUAUUCUAGAUACCUAUUUUGAAGUGUUCAAUUAUAUUUUUUUAUCAUCAUUUGAUAAAUUUUGGUAUAUUUUUAAGAUAUCCACAAUACAGACUAUCACUUUUUAUUUUUCAUAUUUUAGAUUCUCUAGUUCAAAUAACAAAGUAGUUUAAUAACAAAAAUUUUACUAGCUUGAAAAAUUGACAGUUUGUCUGUAUUUUUUGUUUUGUUCAUGGUCUGUUGAAAGUCAAGUAUCCUGAAUUUAUUUUUAUAAGGUCAGAAUUAGGAACUGAACAUAUAUUUGCGGUGAUGAGAGCCAGUUAUUUGUAUUAUUUUAUAUAUUUUUGUUGAGAAAAUAAAAAAGAAAAUUUUCAUAAUUUUUCAGAAAUUUGAA